UCCUCACACACCCAGCAUGGCCACCUCGCUCCUCUCGCGCCGCCUGCGGCUGCCGCGCGCCGGCCUCGUGCGCCACUACGCCGUGCCCAUCAACCCCAGCACGUCCGUCGACGCGCUGCUCGGCGUUGCCGCGCCGCCGCCGCCCUCGCUCGCCGCCGCCGCCGGGCUCGACGACGCCGCCGCCUUCCGCUCGCGCGAGCUCAUCACCGGCGCAUCGCGCCCCUUCAACCCCAACGACCUCUCCUCGCUGCUGCGCCCCAGCGGCAGCGGCAGCAGCGGCCGCUCCUCGUCCGCCGCCGCCGCCUCCACUUCGUCCAGUGGCGCCACGCGCCGGCCGUCGCCGCUGCACGCCAUCCCCACGCGCAACCUCGAGCUCGAGGGCGCCUUCAUCGCGCCCGAGCCGCCGCUGCCGCCGCCGGCUCUGCCGCGCGAGAAGCCGCAUCCGCUCGACCGCAGCGCACCCAACCCGCUCGACGAGCGCAUCCUCGCCAUUGCGCGCAGCCUGCACGCCGCGCAGGCGCAGCAGCAGCAGCAACAGCAGCAGGGCGACGCACGCGUGCUGCCGCGCCUGCUGGCCGAGAUGGAGGAGCACGCGGGGCGUGUGAUGGACUUUGAGCUGCGCUACGAGUCGCGCCCCGCCGACGCACGCCGUGUCAAGCCGGCGCAGGCGGCUGCCGACGACGGCGUGCUGCUGGUGGCGUACGUGGCGGGCGUGGACGGCGCACGCGGCCAGGAGCGCAUCUCGCUCUGCUCUGGCUUUGGCGUCGAGGGCGGCGAGGCGCUGGCCGACGGGCAGGGUGGAGCGCUGAUCGUGACAUGCGCGCACACGCUCCAGAGCGCCCUGCCGCGCACUCCGCUGCACUCCUCCACGAACCACUCGGACGGCGCGUCCGUCGCCUUUGUCCUGACGCGCCGCGGCUCCGUGCUGCCCAUCUCGCGCGUGCUCUCUUCGCAAGUCGGCGCCGAUCUGCUGCUGCUGCAGCUCGGCGCGCCCGUCGGCGGCGCACCAGACGUCUCUGCCGCGCCGAUUCGCACACUGCCCAUCUCGCCCUACCCCGCCACGGUCGGCACGCAUCUGCACGUCUCGACGUUCACGGCCUUUGAGGCAGACGUCAGCACGGCAGACGACGCGCGCGUGGAGCACGACGAGAAGCGUGCAGAACAGAUGCAGCGCCUGCAGGCACGGCGCCGCUGGGGCGAGGCGCGGCUGGUGGAGUACAAGGACCCGAUGGGCCAGGAAGCACGGACGGGCACGUAUGACGACCUCUCUUCGCUCGACUUCCAGCUGCUGCCCUCGCACGCGCCCACACUGCACACCUCCUUUCCGCCCGCCGGCUCCUCGGGCGGCCCGAUCGUCGAUGAGGCCGGCGCCGUCGUGGGCGUGACGCGCGGCAGCCGGGCCAGCGUGCUGGACGGCAUGCGCGGCUUUGCCACGCCCAGCGAGAGGAUAUACGAGUUCUUCGCGCUGCCGGGCUUGGGCAAGAAGAAGACCUAGACGCACUCUUGCACAGCAUCUCACCCACAUCGUCGCGCUCCAGCCUCAUCCGUUCAUCUCCUCCCUGUCUCAUCCCGCUUCUCCGCAUCUUCCAUACCAUCGCCCCAUCAGCUGAAUUCUAUCAAGUUACGCCU